AUGUCCAAGAAUCACUUUUCAUCGAAUUCUGAAGGAAAUGAUCAAAUUCAAAUCCCAUUGAUAACUUCUUCGCCAUCAAACCUUACACCACACCAAUCUGAACUUUGUCAAUCUCAUGUGACCGCUCAACUUUCACUUAUGAAGGAGCUUUCCCCUAUAACUGCUAACACUGCUACUGCUACUGCUACUGCUACCACUGAUUCUACUUCUGCUUCUUGUACUCGUCCUCUUACUUCUCCAAUUUCAAAUCCAUCCGUCUCAUUAAAUUCAUAUCAAGUCCCAGAAAGUGAUUUGAUUCAAACCAAUAGUAUUAGCAACACUAUCAAUCCUAUUCAAAAUCAUGAUCAUAAUAAUAGUCAUUUACCUUUAAACCAUCUAACUACUACUCCUUGGCCUUUCAAUACAUCAGCUAACAAUCUAGCACAUUCUCUGAACCUACAUCAGCCCACUCAUUUCACUUUUCUAGGAAAUCAUACUUCAUCCAACUUUUUACCUUAUCAAUUCCAAAUCCCUCUACAGCCACCACCACCCCCAAUCCCACCGAACCCUCAUCUUAAUCGGAAUUAUCAACUUCAAGAAACAGAUCAAAAUGUGAAUCAUCUCAAAAGGCCACGUUUGAAAUCUACACCUGAUUCACUUUUAUUUUCGAAACCAUCAAAGCUCACUAGAAUCGAAACAAACUCUAAAGUUGAACAAGAAGCUAAAGUACCAUUCUCGAAUCAAAACCAAAGUACUUUUCUUAGAAAUCCAAUUCCUAAGCCAAUCCAACCAAGAGGUUUUCUCAACGAAUUCGAAAUCACUAGUAGCCCAGAACAGCAUCUAUUUGAAGUUCAAUCUCAUCAUCAACUUGAUGAAUCGAUUCCUACUUCACCAAUCCAAUCAAGUUCAAAAUCUCUCAUUCAGAACCAAACCAAUGCUGGACAAUGGAAAAGAAAAAUGACAGAAGUGAAUUGA